AUGGCGACCAGUGGCCUCCCUGUGAUCAGCAAAGCUCCUGCGAGUUCAGAUCCCGCAGUGUACCAAGAAUACCAGUCUAAAUGGGCCUCAUAUCCAACAGACACCGAGGGUUGGCUUCAACGGGCGCGAGACGUCGCCGCCGUCCUGGUCGUUGACGCCGCCGCCCGUGAGAAGGCAAACAAGUCUCCCAGAGCAGAAGUGGCACUGCUCAAACACUCCGGCCUGCUGAAGCUUCUUGGCCCGAAAAAGUACGGAGGCGGCGAGCAGCCGUGGAGCGUGGGCUACAAGGCGAUCCGCGAGGUUGCCAAGGGAGAUGGCUCCAUUGGCAUGCUCCUCGGCUACCACCUUCUCUGGUCACGCACCGCCAACGUAGUCGGCAGCGACGAGCAGGCCGACCGUCUCCAGAAGCUUAUCAUCGAGAACAACUACUACGUCGGUGGCGCCGUCAACCCGCGCGAUAGCGACCUCAAGAUCACGUAUGACGACGAGAAGAUCACGUACAGCGGCUUCAAGAACUUUACCACAGGCGCCGCCGUCUCGGACCUGAUCGUACUCGAGGGUGCCGUCGAUGGUCGGCCGCCGGAGGAGCACAUCUUCGCCCUCGUGCCGACGGCCCAGGCCGGUAUCGUCUUUAAUUACAACUGGGAUAACAUCGGGCUGCGGUUGACUGAGUCGGGGGGCGCUAAACUCGAGAAUGUGUCGGCACCGUGGGCGGAUGCCCUAGGGUGGGAUGCGAAAACGAAGAAGCCCGACCCGGCGGUGCUCGGAAUCCCGUUUCCCUCGCUGCUGCUCCCUAGCAUCCAACUGGUCUUCAGCAACUUCUACAUCGGCAUCGCCCUCGGUGCUCUCGACUUUGCGAAGCAGUACACCGUUGCCCACACAAGGGCAUGGCCGUACGGCGGCGAUACCAAGGAAUCCGCCACAGACGAGUUCCACAUCCUCUCGACCUACGGCAACUUCCACGCGCACCUGCGCGCGGCCGAAGCCCUCGCGGACCGGGCCGGCGCCGAGGCCGACCGGCUCUACGGCACGUACGCGCCCAACCGGGCCGGGCUGACGCCGCAGGAGCGUGGCGACUGGGCCGAGUGGGUGGCCAGCGUGAAAGUGGUCGCCACCGACACGGGCCUGCGGGUGACGUCGGGCGUGUUCGAGGUCACGGGCGCGCGCGCGACGGCGAGCAAGGUCGGCCUGGACCGCUUCUGGCGCGACAUUCGCACGCAUACGUUGCAUGACCCGGUCGCGUAUAAGAAUAGGGAGUUGGGGAGGUUCUUCUUGCUGGGGCAGGCGCCGGAGCCGACGUGGUACACUUGA